ACAGAAUGUAUAUUUCCACACCUCCAUCAACAGUAUAGGGGUCAUGGCCAUCGUAGAGGUCAUCUCAAUAACGAUGGACCAGAAUGGCAACACCAAGUACCACCCCUGUGGCUGGACAAUUGUCAGGAUAUUCAAAACAGAUGAGGAACUGCCUGAUUCUUCCAGAUCUAGUACAGUUCCUGUACAAAAGAUUCAGAUGUACUAUGGUUCACCAAGAGCUUUGUAUUUUAUGGAGGAACCAUUAGAAGAAAACAAUUUAUUGAAGGAAGUACCAGAUUGUUUUCUACAUUGUACAAUAGCCACACACAAAGCCAUGUUGUAUGCCAUGACUGUUAUGCCUGAGAACGUUAUUGUGGGUAACAAUGAUAUUAUACCGGGGCUCCAGGAUGGCAACACUCCAGGGAAGGACAGAUUGAAGAAAGCCAAGCUACACAGACAGGUUCUAUGUACUAUAGAAGCAUUAAACAUACAUCUCCCACCAUCUGUCGAGAAGUUUGAGGAUGAGUUAUGUGCCCUUCUCAGUGAAGAUAGAAGACACAGAGAAAAUCGUCAAACAGGAACUAAUGUUUCCAUUGUAGAAAGGAGACUUUUGAUUGGAGUACACAAUGGUUGGUGUUAUUUGUCUAAACCAGAACUUCAUCACUUGGAUGUCUGGAGUGAGGGGAACAAAGUAAUUAAACCACAGGCUAGUCCUAGCAUGAGAAGAAGUCAGAAAUACAUGUCAACAUCAGUCAGAUCAUUGAAUGGGGCCGCUAGUCAGCAUGGUCAGGGUACAAUGCUUGUAUUAAAGAACAGAUUAGAGAUAUCUGAGUUAUUGGAGGACCCUAUGUUGUCGCUGGUGUUUACAUUGGAGUAUGUUAUUGGUGAACCUAUCUCUCAGGAGGAAAGAAAGAUGUAUAGUAGCCUUAGUAGAGGUAAUUCCCGUAUCGUAGCACUACGCUGGUGUGCCUGGAACCCAUUCCUUCACCCUAACCAGGAGAACAUUAGUAUAUCAUUGAUGGGUGGAGCUGUCCCUAAUCCUAACGAUGACCUCACGUAUAAACUACCUGAUACUAAGAUGCAGGAUGCUGAUGCCGGGAAACAUGCUGGGGGAUCUAUUAACUUCUACUGGAAAUGUUCUAUGGAUACCCAGUCCCUUCAUGUACCCAUGGGAGCCCCACACUUUUUACCAGGUUCCAUGCCAUCUGUAAGGAGUGACGAUGGAAGUGAAGCACUACCCAGUCCAGACAGUGGCAAGAAGCCACCAUCAGGGAGAGUCAAGGAAGAAAGAGAAAGGAAAGGUGGGGGUAGACAUACAAGUUGGUCCAGUGAUACAACAAAAGGAUCACACCUUGGAGAAUCAUUUGCUGGACCUCAUUCCCUUCAGGUGCCACAAAUGCAGAUGCCUCAGACAUUCUACCCACAAGGUUAUCCUCAACAGAUGCCACAGAUGCCACCCAUGUAUGGAAUGGCACCUAAUACAUAUAUGCCAAUGAUGCAAGGUCCAGCCUAUGAUAUUAGUCACAGACAGCCAUCAAUCCCACCACCUCAUCCAGAAAUAAGUGAGCAGGUUUUCCGUCCUACGCAUACACCUAUAAUGAUGCCUCUUCCACAGCCAGACAGAGCACAAGGACUGUCUAGAGCAGCCUAUGCAAGACUUUACUCAGCUGGUUUCCAUCCCAUUCUGGACCGUAACAAGGAGCCCCCAGAAGUUAUAGAUCCUAAUGUACCAGUACAGAUAGACUUAGUCAAAGAGGAACAAGAUUCACUACAAUGUAAUGAAAUCAUAUUCCAGUUCUUAGCCUUCUCCAAAUAUGGUAGUGACAUCCAAGAGAAGAAUAAACGUGCAGGGACAGUAUUCUUUACUUUCCAAUUCUACAGGUGUCCACAAGUCACCACAGAAAGACUGUUGUUGGCCAAACCCCAGAAUGACCUGUCUUCAGAUCCACUGUCCAUGCCAUUUAUACUACAGAGAUUAGAGAAAGAUGGAGCACUAAGUAAUGGACCUCCAGGGCUAGAGGUGAAGUACUAUAUGGAUCCAAUGUCGAUGAAGAUAGGAGAAGUCAGUUUACUUCUGUCUCAUCUAUACAGACAGAGGUUACAUAUCGACGUCUGGGAUGGGGACUCUCUGAUGAGGAUUGGUUCUGCUUCAGUGCCUCUCAUGUAUUUGUGUAGAAGUGGACAUGAAGCUGUUCAGUCGACCUUUGAACUUGAUGUAGUAAUGAUGGAAUAUGAUGACCCCAAUCUUAUAGCUGGUACCCAGAGUCAAGGUGCUCAGCCAUUAGGGAUCCAGUCCAUGAUGAAAGGAAAGCUGCAUUUUAGGAUGGCUAAUGUUGGACAUUAUUCUGAUCCUAAAGCCAACUUAAUGGAUGGCAUGUUAACAAAAACACAACAGGUGUCCACUAAGUCUGCCAAAGUCAUUUCAAAUACAGCAGGUAACAUUGCUUAUCCUGGUGGCAGUCUAAAUACUAAUUAUACAGGUAUUACACCAAAGAAGAAGGUAGCCCGAGCCCAUCACAUUACAGAAAGUAACAGAGAAGUAGCUGCCUUGCUCCACUCACAUCAGGAUCAGGUUAUACCUGAGAGGGACAAUAAUCGUGAGGGAGACUCGGAGAAACUGAGGAAGUUAUCACGUAUGGAGGCAGUCAGACAGAAGGAAGGAAUAGAUAAUAAGUUUAAUACUAUUAUGAAUUAUAAAACUGAGAAGCAAGAAAGGAUGAGAGAUUUUAAGACACUUGAGAUUUACCGUACUCAGAGUAAGAAGGACGGAAUCUUGAACAUGCUCAGUCAGGCUAUUACCACUGAUCAUGUGAUCAACCCAGCAUUUGGUAGUACAGAAUUCUUUGAGUUUGUACUUAAGAAUCCUUACAAUGUACAGCAAACAUUUACUGUGGAGUUUGAUGACAAAUAUUUACAUGUAAUCACAGAUGCCCGUGAAUGGAGAUACUUCAAACAACUGAAUGGUUUACAGUCGCCAUUAGAGGAAGGCAUGUUUACUAAACAAAGUAAAUCUCAGUUUGCUGAGAUAUUCCUCAGACCAAAGGAGACAGUGUAUAUACCAUUUAAAUAUCUGUCAUUUAAAGCUGACCAUACUGUUCACCCCCAGGGACCAGUUGAUCCAUUCAAGAAAAGUGAAAAGAAGAUUGAAAAAUCCGAGGAUACUUUGAAAGAAAGUCUGAUUAGGGUCCAUUUUAAUGGAGAAGAUGGCAAGUCUGUAUCUAUCAUGUCAUUAAAGGUCCAACCUAUACCUCAUGUAAUAGACCAGACCUUUAGAUUCCAUAGUCCAGAACAAACAUUCCUAAAGAGGUCCAUUAGAAUACCUAUGGACUCCUUACCUGGUGUGCCUGUAGGAGGUCGAGGACUGAAUCAGCUGUUUGUAAGGUGCAGUGAUCCUAAUAUAAUAACAGAAUGUAAAGCUACACAACCAGGAGAGCCACUUGAUGUAUAUCUAAAGGUAGCAAUGGGUGCUUCUCCACAGAUAAAGAGAUUUUAUAUCGCUAUUUUCACUGAUGCCUUUAUGUCUAAGCCUAUUCAGGUUUGGCAAGUCUACGCCCAUUCUCUACAAAGAGUCGAUGUGUCCUGUGUGGAGGGACAAACGUCAAGAUUUUCAUUACUACUCAGGGGAACACAGUCAUCUCGUCUUGUUAGAUGUUUCUCGUCUAACGAUCAAGAAAUGCAGCUGUAUCCAAAUGAACAAUUUAUGUUAGCUGCCGGUGCCGUCCAUGAACUCAGUGUAGCAGUCCGUCCAUUAAACGAGGGCAUUAAAAUCUUCCAUCUGAAUGUAGUAGAUAUUGAAUACCACCAAUUGAUCAGAAAUUGGUUGAUUUGUGUAACCUGCCGAUCUCCUAUGAUUUCACGGGUAUUUGAUCUGUCGUUACCCGUGGGAGGAGGAAAGGGGAGUAGCAAGAGAAUAACUUAUACCAAUCCCUACCCCCACAAAAAGACAUUUAUCCUACUCACAAAUGAGCCGGAAUUGUUACAAUUUAAAGAAACACGAAUUGAAGUUGAAGGUGGAGCAGAACACACAAUAGGAUUACGCUUUGCCCCAGUGAUGAAAAUUGGAGCAUCUGAGGUGAUGGUGUUUAUUAAUGAUGAAGAUGACAAAAACGAGGAGACAUUUAAAAUAAAUGCUACUUAUAGUGUAUAGUAUCAAAUUAAUUUAUAGGUUGUUUAGUUAUUUGCUAAUAAUGCUCUGUUGUCAUAGAAACUUACUAGAUCUCUUACUUCUACAAGUGCCUAAAACAAAUGAUGAAAGAUCUUGAAAUAUAUUUUUUGAAUAGAUACGCCAUUUCUUAAUUAAACCCGUGUUAGGUUUUAAUAGAAGAAAAGUUCCAGAUGUCAUAUUGUGUUUUUAUUAGUCAUUGUAUUCAGUUGAGUAUAUUUUAAUGCUUACAAGCUGUAAUUCAAUUUUUUUUUUUUUUUAAACUGGCUGCUUUUGUAAUUUUUUAGCUCACCUGACCUGAAAGGUCAAGUGAGCUUUUCUCAUCACUUGUCGUCCGUCGUCCGUCGUCCGUCGUCCGUAAACUUUUACAAAAAUCUUCUCCUCUGAAACUACUGGGCCAAAUUUUACCAAACUUGGCCACAAUCAUCCUUGGGGUAUUUAGUUUAAAAAAUGUGUCCGGUGACCUGGCCAUCUAACCAAGAUGGCCGCCAUGGCUAAAAAUAGAACACAGGGGUAAAAUGUAUAUUUUGGCUUAUAUCUUUGAAACCAAAACAUUUAGAGCAAAUCUGACAUGGGGUAAAAUUGUUAAUCAGGUCAAGAUCUAUCUGCCUUAGAAUUUUCAGAUGAAUCGAACAACCCGUUGUUAGGUUGCUGCGCCUGAAUUGGUUAUUUUAAGGAAAUUUUGCAGUUUUUGGUUAUUAUCUUGAAUACUAUUAUAGAUAGAGAUAAACUGUAAACAGCAAUAAUGUUCAGCAAAGUAAAACCUACAAAUAAGUCAACAUGACCAAAAUUGUCAGUCAACCCCUUAAGGAGUUAUUGCCCUUUAUAGUCAAUUUUUAACAAAUUUUUGUCAGUUUUUGUAACUUGUACGAAAAUCUUCUUCUCUGAAACUACAUGGCCAAAUUAAACCAAACUUGGCAAUAAUUAUCAUUGUGGUAUAUAGUGUCCGAUGACACCGCCUACAAAACAAAAUGGCCGACAUGGCUAAAAUUAGAACGUAGUGGUAAAAUGCAGUUUUUGAUUUAUAUCUUUAAAACUAAGACAUUUAGGGCUAAUCUUUCAAGAUUUAAAUGUCCAUCAGAAUAAGAUCUAUCCCCUCGCAAAUUUUCAGAUGAAUCUGACAACUCGUUAUUGGGUUGCUGCCCUAAAAUUGGUAAUUUUAAGGAAAUUUUUCAGUUUUUGGUUAUUAUCUUGAAUACUAUUAUAGAUAGAGAUAAACUGUAAACAGCAAUAAUGUUCAGCAAAGUAAAACCUACAAAUAAGUCAACAUGACCAAAAUUGUCAGACAACCCCUUAAGGAGUUAUUGCCCUUUAUAGUCAAUUUUUAACAAAUUUUCAUCAGUUUUUGUAACUUGUACAAAAAUCUUUUUCUCUGAAACUACAUGGCCAAAUUAAACCAAACUUGGCGAUAAUUAUCAUUGUGGUAUAUAGUUUGAAAAAUGUGUCUGAUGACACCGCCUACCAAACAAAAUGGCCGACAUGGCUAAAAUUAGAACAUAGUGGUAAAAUGCAGUUUUUGAUUUAUAUCUUUAAAACUAAGACAUUUAGGGCAAAUCUUGCAAGAUUUAAAUGUCCAUCAGAAUAAGAUCUAUCCCCUCGCAAAAUUUCAGAUGAAUCUGACAACUCGUUAUUGGGUUGCUGCCCUAAAAUUGGUAAUUUUAAGGAAAUUUUGCAGUUUUUGGUUAUUAUCUUGAAUACUAUUAUAGAUAGAGAUAAACUGUAAACAGCAAUUUUGUUCAGCAAAGUAGGAUCUACAAAUAAGUCAACAUGAUAAAAAUUGUAAGAGUACCCCUUUAGGAGUUAUUGCCCUUUAUAGUCAAUUUUGAACAAAUUUUCCUCAUUUUUGUAACUUGUACAAAAAUCUUCUUUUCUAAAACUAUGGGCCAUAUUAAACUAAACGUGGCCACAAUCAUCACUAUGGUAUCUAUUUAAAAAAAAGUGUAUAAUGACCCCACCUACCAACCAAGAUGACUGACAUCAGUAAAUACAGUAACAGGUGAGCGACACAGGCUCUUGAGAGCCUCUAGUUUUAAGUAAAAUCCUUUCUCUUAUUUAAUAAACCAAGUGUUAGCAAUGUAGAAGUAACUACAGUAAUUUUUUUAUAUUAUUAUUUUGAAAAUAUAAACAUUUAAGAAAGAUUUCUCCUCAAAUGGUGCAGUGAGAGUUCUCAAUUCUUGUGUUCAUCAAAUAAGAUAUAUAUAUAUAUAUAUAUAUAUAUUUUGAUAAAUAAAAAGUCCUUGGUACAGAAAAUAUAAUUUAAAAGUAAAAAACACAAAAAAUCACAUCAUAAAUCGAACAUUGUUUCUGUUAGCGCUUUCACCGCAUCUCCAGCGGUUCAUCAGACAGAAUUGUUAUCGUUAAUAGUAACGACUUGUGACGUUACGUUAUAGUAACGACUUGUGACGUUACGUUAUAGUAACGACUUGUGACGUUACGUUAUAGUAACGUCAUGCGGUAAUUGUAUAUAUCUUACGGAAUUUUAUUAACGGACCGAAUUUCACUUCCUAUUUAGUGUGGGCUUAUAAAGUUCAAUAAAAUAUUGUUCCUUGGCUUCACGCGGAAUUUUAUCUUCGGUCCACAUCUUAAAAAAGGGAUAUAUUUUAAAUUUUCCCUUUCCACAUCGGUCAAAGUGUUCAGAACAGGGAGAAUUUCGAAUUGACGGGUCUUUUAUCUGCUGUUUAUGAACUCUCACUCUAUCAAUUAGUCUAUUUGUUUGACCUAUGUAGUUUUUAUUACAAGUGGGACAGGUUGCACAAUAAAUGACAUUUUCCGAUUUGCAGUUCAUGCUUUUAUUCGGUUUGAUUACUGUGCCGGAUUUCAGAGUUUUACUUUGUCCCACUUCUAGCAUUUCGCACGUUCCACAUCUGGGAUCCCCGCAUUUUUGUAUUUCUGCUACCUUCUGUGUACUGAAUUGUGCUCGUGUGAGAAGUUUCUUCAGAUUUGGUGCUUGUAGACGGCUCCCAAUAAGCUGUGAUUUGUCGACAAGAUCUUUCAUUUUCUCUGAUUUGUGAAGAAUAGGUAAAAACCCUUUAGCAGAAUUUAAGAUCUGGUGAUUACGUGGAUUAUGAGUUAUAACAAAAGGAAUUGAUUGUUGUUUAUCUUUUUUGUCUUCCCUUGAUACUGUUUUUCUUAGUUCAGCGAUUGGAAUUUUCAAUGCAUUUUUAAUUCCAUUUUCAAUUAAUCUGACUGGGUAGUUUUGUCUUUUUAGAUAAUUUUUCAAUUCCUGUAGUCUCUUAUCACGUUACUCCAAAUUUAUUACUAUUGUGCAUAUACGUCGGGCUAAAUUAAAAGGAAUAUUUCGUUUGGUAUGUGACGGGUGACAUGACCUAAAAUCCAAAUACUGAUGGGUAUCGGUGGGUUUACAGUAUAAGUCCGUUAUUAUUUGUUCUUCUUCCUUGAUAAUAUUAAUGUCUAGGAAUGGGAGUUUUGAAGAGCUGGAAUCGUAAGUGAAUUGUAUUGAUUCAUUUAAGGCAUUCAGCAUUGAAUGAAAUUUAUCUAGUUCAACUUCACUUUUUGUCCAGAAAAUAAAACAAUCAUCAAGAUAUCGCUUCCAAUUUUCUUCAAUGUAAAGUCUGAAGUUUUCAUCGAAUUCGGAAGGUAUCUUUUCGUAUAGUUGUUUUUCUAUGUAACCCAUAACCAGAGUGGCAUAUGUUGGUGCCACCUUUGUACCCAUCGCGGUUCCCUUGAUUUGAAGGUAAUAAGUAAUAAGUAAUUACCGCAUGACGUUACUAUAACGUAACGUCACAAGUCGUUACUAUAACGUAACGUCACAAGUCGUUACUAUUAACGAUAACAAUUCUGUCUGAUGAACCGCUGGAGAUGCGGUGAAAGCGCUAACAGAAACAAUGUUCGAUUUAUGAUGUGAUUUUUUGUGUUUUUUACUUUUAAAUUAUAUAUAUAUAUAUAUAUAUAUUGUUAUACGCAGUAGAAAAAAACACCUUUAGAACCAAGUUUAAAUACUUUGUGAAACAGUUUAAAAAUUGAUCCAGAGUUUUGUGUUUGAUUCUGCUGUUAUGUGAUCUUAUGUGAAUUUUCAAGUUGUAUGUGUAUGUUUUCAACUACAACUGUGAGCUAGGAAAUUGUGAAAGUAGACGUUUUAAUAUGGAAUGAUUUGUUAGCAGUUGUUUUUAUUUUUUUUAAAUUUAUUUGUAAUAUCAAUUUUAAUGAGUACUGGUAGCAUUCCAGAAGCAAGUUUUGAUUAAAUUAUCACUAAUUGGAGAACACAGCGAUUAAUAUGUCAACAUUUUUAUCUGCUAUAAAAUUGGAAGAUUGAAACAGUUUCUGAACAUUGAAGGACAUAUAUCAUAUCAUUCAUUUGUUAGUAACUUAACUUUUACAGAUCUGACUGCCAACAAGCAAACUGUGAUAUUUAUAUUUAUUUAUGAUAUAUGUAGAUGAAAUUAAAAUAUAUUUAUUGUGAUGACUGAAUGUCAAAAUAAAAUAAAAUUAAAAAAAAUA